UUACGUUAUGAUAUUAGUCACGCGUGAAAUUUCGCGCCAACCGCACGCGAUUUCUUCCCCAAAACCAAAACAUUAUUCUGUUUGAUAUUAUAUUUGUGACGUCUAAUUAGUUGGGCUUGUGACCUUGAAAAGGAAAAAUGACAACAGUAAAACGUGUUUAAUAUUAAUGUGAUUUAGAUUUGUUUACGUUUUGUAAAUAGCACGUAUGAGUCAUUGAAUGAUACACAAACACAGUUUUGUUGUGCAAGACGAUAAAAGUUUAGAUACAAUGUAUUAAAACGAUGUGAAUACGGAUAAUUCCUUCAGUUGUGUUCGGCAAGAUAAAUCGUAUAGUUUGGACAAGAAAUUAUUUGAAUAGUGAUAAAUAAUGUGUUUGAGAUAACCUCAAAGUUUGUUAUCUUGAAAAUUUGUGAAUUAACCUAUUUAGAUUUACCAGAUUAGUGAACGAAUCUAGGACCUUUCUUAACAGGAGACGCAAGUUGUCACUGUUCCAUUGAGGACAUUGAAUGUGAAUAUCAUCAUUCCAAAAAAAUCUAGAAGUUUUAAAUGUCAACAGUGAAAUAUAAUCGAUAAACAAUGAUUUAGUAUAAAACUAGAACGAGUUUAUUAAACUUGAUACUUUGAAUGUAAACCCAUAAUACACCAUAUAAAAACGAGAACCAGUAGGUACUUAUUUAAAUUUAACAAACAUUAGACAUUCAAAUACCUAUGGCAUUCCAAAUUAUUUAUAAGAAAUACAUUUUUGUAUAACAGACCAAAGCAUUACCUACUGAGCUAACAUAUUACCAAGAAGAACUUUGUAGGUAUAUUAAACAAAAGAAGUUGCGUCGAAAUGGGAGUUUACUGCAAAAUAAACUUAUUUAAGCCUUCUGAUGGUGCUUAUCUACCUGGCAGUAACGUAUCAGGCAUUAUACAAUAUGGCGUAGACGAAGCUACAGUUUUUGACAAAAUUACAGUGUCUUUAAAAGGACACGGACUCCUCGUUAUACGCGAGUCUAGGAGCGAUGACAAAGGCGACGAUACAUAUACAAAUAAAGAAGUAUAUGUCGAUGUUGAUAACGUAGUCGAGAAUGGAAAGAAGAUACCGCACGACAUCGGCAUGUACGAAGCCAGAUUUGAUUUUAAAUUACCAGAAAAUAUACCCCCAUCUUUAAAUUAUUCCAACGGAAAUGUGAGCUACAAAAUAAAAUGCGACAUCAUUUACUACGUAAGAAUCAAAUUCGAAAUGUCAGGCUUUUUACAGUUCGCGAAAAGAUUUAAGAAAGAAUUGACUGUGUUAUCUAAGAUAAAACCAACACUGGCUACAGAGCCGAUCAUAUACGGCGAACAGAAAAGCCUUUUCAAACCGUUUACGUUGAAAAAAAACGUAGUGAACCUAAAAGCUAAUAUAAAAAACUCGGUGAUACCCAUUGGUGGAAAUAUAGAUGUGGAAUACGAAGUGACAAAUGAUACGAGUAUAAUAAUAAAAGGCGUUGAAAUAAAACUUGUUGAAAACCACACUUUCAAAGGAGGGAAAACUGUGAAUAUGUACAAAGACGUCGACAGUACAGACACGAAAACGGGUUCAAUAAAAAGCGAUGAGAGAGAAAAUUAUGACAAUGUGAUCAAUGUACCAUCUGAUGUAACAUCAUUGGGAUUUUCCGCAAUCGUAUCUAGAAAUUACUUGGUUCGUAUCACAGUAGAAUUGCCAUUUCCGCACACCAAUCUUGUCCUUGAUAUACCAGUGGAAAUAGGUGAUUUGGUGGACGAAAUAGAAGUAGGCAAGGAGGCAAUACAAGACGAAGUUGUGGUUGAUGAUGCUCUCGAUUAUGAUAAUCCACCGCCUUCGUAUUGGGAAGUGAUGGGAGAAAUGACCAAAGUUGAUUAUAUAAGUGAUAAAAGUGGAAAGUCUUGAAGACGAUAGUUGAAUUUGGACGCAUCUAAACUUUCUUCUUUGUCGAGUGUGUGCCGGGUCCAUGAUAGAAAAUGAUCUUUUUCUGAUUGGCCCGAUAUAUAUGUAUUUGUUAUAAAAUAUAGUAUCGUUGAGUUAGUAUCCCAUAACACAAGUCUCGUACGUAUUUUGGGGCUAGCUCAAUCCAUGUGAUUUGUCCUAAUAUAUUUCAUUUCUUUAUUUUUUAUGUAAAGUCUGUUCAAGUCGCCUAAAGGCAUUUUGCGUGACUUUUUUCAACCGCCACCUAGUGGCAAGUAGUCGCACUAGUGUCGCACUAUAUAUAUAUAUAUAUAUGGUUAACUAUAACCAUAUUCAGUUUUAUUGUAGGUAUUAUUGUAUUUUAAUAUUUAAGUUAAAAGAUUAUGAUUUCAAGAGCCGCUAGUAUAAAUAUAGGUAAGAACACGAUACCUGUUAAGAAUUUGUGUGACCCAUAUGCAAUUUUGGAGUCUGUUCUCCGACAAUUGCUUCGUCUACGAACGAUUCGCCGACAGAAUAGAGAAGACAUUCUUUCGACAAAACGUUCGUAGACGAAGCAAUUGUCGGAGAACCGUUUCAGACUUGCUAUAUUGAACUACAAAUAUUGUUUACAAACACGUUGCAAAUUACAACUAAAACAUUAGAUUUGUUGUUGUUAUUUAAAUAAGAAACCAAAUUUUAAUAAUAAAAUUGUUAAAUUCAAAUUGUUAAGGGAUAUAAGUUUUUCAGAGCACAGUUGAUAAUGUUCUGACAAUAAAAUAUUAAACUAUACAGC